AUGGACUGUCAAACUACAUACAGGAGUAAUGGAAAGGAGAAGGAGCAAGCCGCUUUCAAGCGCAGUUCAAUUAUGCAAAGGUCUCCGACCUUGACGACUGGGACGCCGACGAGGAGACUUAAAACCUCCCCUCCGCCGGUGCCGCGUCCUCCCUCCGCCGGUGCCGUUCAAGGCUUGGAUGCCCUGCUUUUUGCUGACGACGUCAAAAUCUACACGGUGGUCUCCAGCCGGGACGACUCUGCACUGCUUCAGUCGAGUCUUGAUGGUGUUCUGGAUUGGUGUAGAACUAACAACAUGAAGCUAAACUCGUCCAAAUGCUCUGUAAUGACCUUCAGUCGAUUGCAUCAACCUAGUAUUUUUCAGUAUUCACUGGAUGGUCAACCUCUGGAUAGAGUAUUCAAAAUUAAGGACUUGGGUGUUACCUUCUCUGCUGAUCUUUCCUUCAAUGACCAUGUCGAUGAGCUGUGCAGAAGAGCGUAUAGGAUGUUGGGAUUCAUCAACAGGUCUACUCGUGGAAUGACAAGCUCUGCAGUCUUAAGGACUCUCUACUCAUCCUUCGUUCGCCAGUUAUUGGAAUAUGCGAGUCCUGUUUGGUCUCCCUACCAGCUGGGUCUUGUUGACAAACUGGAAGCGGUCCAAAGGAGAUUCCUGAGACUGGUGGGACUGCGGCGAGGACUGCUGUUUAGAGACAUUCCUGUUGCUGAGCUGCAGGCCGAGCUUCUUCUCCCAGAUCUUCGGACCAGGCGCUGUGUGGCGGAUGUCUUGUUGCUGAUUCGGCUGAUAAGGGGGGAGCUGGACUGCCCGUCGCUGCUUUCGCGAGUGGAUUUUCGUAUACCAUCGGGGACUCGUUCGAGGGAGUUGUUUGGGAGGCGCCAAUAUUCAAGAAACUAUGACUUCCAUGGUCCACUUGCAAGGAUGAUGAGAAUUGGCAACCGUCACUGCGGCGGGUUGGAUCUCUUCCACGACGGGGUUUCGACCAUAAGGAGAGGAGUAUUGACAGCCGCACAGCAGGACUCUACAUGA